ACCCCUUUGGAGGCACAGAGUCUUGGAGGAAGUCCGCGAGGCCAGCCAAUGAGAAUCGCCCGGUAGUUGCUCGGAAUCGGUCUGUAUUCAGAAAGCUUGGGCCCGCGGACUCGCCUUCCCACGGUUCCUUCUUAAUACGUUCGUGCGACCGUCUUUGCUUUCUCCGACUGAUGUUUCCUUCUCCAUCUACAUCCAUCAUCCGCCGCCAGCUCGCAGUUUCCGGUCCGUACGUUCGCACAUCGAAAGCCGGAUUGUCAACAGCGACUGCGUUGUCGAUCCUUCGCCGCUCUCAACCGUCGCCUCUGCCUCGCGCCACACCCAAACCCGCAACUGCAGCAUUCCCGAAGCAACAGGUUCCGCUCCGCAGAUCAAUUGCAAACAUGGCCUCCGCAACAACCUUUUAUGACUUCAAGGUCGCAGACAAGAAGGGCGCCGAGGUGUCCCUUGCCGACUACAAGGGCAAGGUCGUCCUCAUCGUCAACACAGCCUCCAAGUGCGGUUUUACCCCGCAGUACGCCGGCUUGGAGAAGCUGUGGAAGACGGUGCGCGAGAAGUACCCGGACGACUUCGUCAUCCUGGGCUUCCCGUGCAACCAAUUCGGCGGGCAGGAACCCGGCACCAACGAGGAGAUCCAGGAGUUCUGCCAGCUCAAUUACGGCGUCACCUUCCCCAUCAUGGCCAAGAUUGACGUCAACGGUGACAACGCCAGCCCCCUGUUCGAGUGGCUCAAGAAUGAGAAGCCCGGCUUGCUGGGGCUGAAGAGGGUCAAGUGGAACUUUGAGAAGUUCCUUGUUGGCAAAGAUGGCAGAGUGAAGGGCCGGUGGGCGUCGACCACGAAGCCGGAGUCGUUGGAGGCGACCAUUCUGGAGGAGUUGGCGAAGUAAGGUCGCAGAAGAAGACGGAGAAAAGGAAGGGAGGGGGGGUUGGGGACGACGUUGACGUCCGUCUUGACGGAGACGCAAGUUUUCCAUUAUACCCGAAUGUCGCAAAACCAUCUUUGUGACUGAAUUAAUGAAUGCGGAGAAACUCGGUCUGUUGUUUUGCUCAAGGAGCUCGAGGCCGAGUGCUGAAGUGACUGCCUAUGAGUGUCCUCUGAAGCAGCUCUAAACCGAGCAACAUCAUCACGUCUAGACCAAUCUACCCUGACCAGAGUCGCAGCAAUAUGGAGCUUGAUAAUCCAAGAAUAUUAUUACAAGG